AUGCAAAGAUAUUUAAUACAAUGUAUAAAGAAACCAACGUUGUUGCGUAAUUCACCAGCUAUAAGAUCCCAUUUAAUAACUCCAAUAUGUUUUAGAUAUUCUCAAAAUAUUUCCCUUCGUUAUAAUUCUACUAAACCAGGAUCAGAAGAACCUGCUAAUGAAGUAAAAGAAGAAGCCAAUGCACCAGUUACAGAAGAACAAUCACAACCAGAAUCAACAGAAAGUCCUGAAUUAUUAGAAUUAAGAGAAAAAUUAGAUAAAAAAGAUAAAGAUCUUGCAGCUAUGAGAAAUCAUUAUACAAGAGCUAAAGCAGAUUUCCGUAAUUUACAAGAAACAACUAAAAAAGAAGUUCAAAAAGCAAAAGAUUUUGCAUUACAAAAAUUUGCAAAAGAAUUAUUAGAAUCAGUAGAUAAUUUUAAUUUAGCAUUGGAUCAUGUUAAAGAAGACACAUUAAAAACAAAUGAAGAAGUCAAAAAUUUAUAUGAUGGUGUUGAUAUGACAAGAAAUAUAUUUGAAAAAACUUUAGCUAAAUAUGGAGUUGAAAAAAUUGAUCCAAUGGGUGCUCAAUUUGAUCCAAAUUUACAUGAAGCUACUUUUGAAAUUGCUCAACCAGAUAAAGAACCAGGUACCGUAUUUUUUGUACAACAAACUGGUUAUACAUUAAAUAAUCGAGUUUUAAGACCUGCUAAAGUUGGUGUUGUAAAAUCUGAAGACAAUUAA